AAGUUAGCAGGAAUUUAAUUGAUUUGACGGAUUUCAUUUCAAAAUGGUGGUCCAUAAGAUCAUAAUCAUUUGGGUCGCUGUCAUCGCUGUUAACGUAAGAGAAAACGAAUCACACAUUUUUCAUAAAAAAUUGCUUAAAGAUUGCACCUGCUUCCCAAAAGACAGUCAGCAACCGCGCGUCUCAGAGUUAGCUGCGAAAUAUGGCAGAUAUGAGAGAAGAGUGGUUUAUCUAUUCAAACAUCAGGAUUCAGGAAUUGUUUCCAUUUAUGUACCAAAUCAAGAGAAACAGGACAAGUUUCCGGAUUUAACGGUUGGAAAAACAGACAAAUACGGUUUUCCCAGCCGAUACAAUAUACUUGACAUUUUCAAAAAUCCAGUAAGUUUGUCACCAUCACUUAUAUCACCGAAACCAGAAAAACUACAGAAUAAAACAAUACUCGAACCGUCACAACACAAAAAACAUGAAAAGAAAACAGAAAAUGAAUCCAAACUUAAAAACUCAACUGGUCAACAAGAUCCCAUACCUGAUACUAAUCAACAUGUAUCCCCUGAUAAUGGUCAACUUGUAGAACUACCUCACCAUGUUAUUAUACCGGGUGACGAAGAACAUAACCAUGAUGGCCAAAAUGUACAAAAACCUCACUACUAUAUUGUACCAGGUGACCAAGAACAUACCCAUGAUGGCCAAAAUGUACAAAAACCUCACUACUAUAUUGUACCAGGUGACCAAGAACAUACCCAUGAUGGCCAAAAUGUACAAAAACCUCUCUACAUUAUUGUACCAGGUGACCAAGAACAUACCCAUGAUGGCCAAAAUGUACAAAAACCUCACUACCAUAUUGUACCAGCUGACCAAGAACAUAUCCAUGAUGGCCAAAAUGAACAAAAACCUCACUACCAUAUUGUACCAGCUGACCAAGAACAUACCCAUGAUGGCCAAAAUGUACAAAAACCUCACUACCAUAUUGUACCAGGUGACCAAGAACAUAUCCAUGAUGGCCAAAGUGAACAAAAACCUCACUACCAUAUUGUACCAGCUGACCAAGAACAUACCCAUGAUGGCCAAAAUGUACAAAAACCUCACUACCAUAUUGUACCAGCUGACCAAGAACAUACCCAUGAUGGCCAAAAUGUACAAAAACCUCACUACCAUAUUGUACCAGGUGACCAAGAACAUAUCCAUGAUGGCCAAAGUGAACAAAAACCUCACUACCAUAUUGUACCAGGUGACCAAGAACAUACAGAUCAUGAAAAAGGGUUGGAACCAAAUAAAAAGGUUCAUUUGAACUUAACUAUUGUUGAGGAACCAGAGCUAAUCUCAUCAAAUCCUACGAAGAAAAAUAUUGAAAUUGAUAUAGCUAAAGAUGUGCUUCAAAAACCAUCUCAAAAUGAUGACAAAAUUAUAGGAGAUAACAACUCAGAUAUCCUGAACAUUUUAUUAGAUGACAAAAGGAAUGUGAAGCUUCCACCACCAAAAGACAUACAAAUACCAAUCAGCCCUAAAUUUAAUAAGUGGCUGAUUGAACAAAUUAAAAUUGUGGAUAAUGAUGUCCUCGGACUAAAGCUACCCAAUGACGUAGAGGUGCAAAGAUUUAAAUACCUACUCAUCAAUCUCAUAACUAAGAGUGGUUUUCGCCUGACUGAGCUCGGAGACUUAAUGGAUGCCAACGGUCGCGUGUUGAAGAUUUCGAACUUAAAACUGAAAAGAGUUAUGAUAAGUGACCCAGCGGUUUACAAACAUAUCAUGUCGAAUUAUAAAUGUAUAAUCCCUCAUGAUAUUCCGUAUUUAGAAGCUGUUUUCGUUGGUUUAAUCCGCCCGCCAAAGAUCCUAGGUGUGAUACCAUUAAGAAUGACUCUACUGCCAAAAUGCAACGGAAAUCGAUGCAACCAUAACAGUCGGUGUAACCCAGCUACUGGCAAAGUUAGCCCUAUCGACCUGAAACAAACUACCGAACUUAAUAAUGUACCUGCAAUAGAAAAGAAUUUAAAUGAACCAGCAAUAUUAUCGUCCAAAGAAGAAUCCAGAAGUCACACUGAACCAGAGCUGACCUUAAACCUAAACCCGGAGGAUCUCGAGGCGGUUUUUGGAGAAUAUUCAGAUCAGACGGCCAAUGAAGAGAAUGUCGAAGAAUAUAAUAGUAUUGAUGGCAGUGAUGAUGAUGAGGAAGUGAUAUUCCCAAAGAUUGUUGGUGGCAACGCGGCCACUAGUAGCGGGACACCGGUCAGCAGCCGAGGACGAUCAGGUUAUAACGACCCAUGGGUAUAUCGCUAGGAACUAGUAUCUCACAUUGAUAGAAAAAUUACAUUAACAUUCCAACACUUCUGUUUUAAGUUAAAAAUAAAUGUUUAGUAACAUAACGUC